AUGACUUACCGAUUGGUGCUUGUUUUGCUCGCUGUCGCGAUACUUCCUUCUUUGGCAGUGCUUCGCGACCAGUCUAUCGCUGUCACAGGCCAACUGAAAUGCGGUAAGGCACCUGCUGCGAGGGUACGCGUUAAACUCUGGGAUGAUGACGAAGGUCCUGAUCCAGACGACCUCCUAGAUCAAGGAUAUACGGACGCAGACGGAAAAUUCAGUUUGUCAGGUGGUACGGCCGAGUUAACUCCGAUUGAUCCGGUUUUCAAAGUCUAUCAUGAUUGUGACGAUAGCAUUAAGCCUGGACAUAGGAAAGUGAGAUUCAUUCUUCCACAAUCGUACAUCACAAACGAUAGAGUUCCUAAGAAAACAUUCAACAUUGGAGUGAUAAAUUUGGAGACGAUAUUUGCGAAAGAAUCGCGUGAAAUGUUGCUUUCACGGAUGAUGCGAAAUCCGAAUUUCGAUCGCUACCACUCGCUGGAGUCGGAAAUGGACACGUGGAUCGACCAAUAG